AUGCAACAUAGUCAACAACAACAAAUGUUUCCGCUUCCUAAACAGCAGCCUCGGCGCAACCAUUUUGGCCAGCUCGAUCUGCACUCCCAGAAUUCUAUGUAUUUACAGCUGCCAUCUCCUGUAAAGAACCUAAAGUGCUCGACUGAACAGUUUCCUUCUCCUUCUCAAACCUCCCGCCCAUUCGCCGGUUAUCAGUCUGUCACCUUCCCAUCUCAUUUAUCUCCUCUUUCCUUUUCUCCCUCGCCCUCCACGCCCCUUAUGCCUGUCUCCUGUCCGCCCUCAAAUCUAUUGCAACUUCCGGCUACCAACUUCUUACACUCUCGCUUUACGGACUUUUCUCAAAAUCUAAUUCCUUCUCAGCUACAGGCUGCUGGUUUAAGGCAACCUACGCCUGCUCCUUCAGAGUUAACCUCACAAGCUAGGGCUCGCACUUAUCCAUCGCCCUCUUUUCAGCAGCCUCAAUACAACUUUCUGCCGCAGCACUCAGUUUCCCUACCUCAACAGCAACCCCUUUUUAGUUAUAAUAUUGGGCCGGCGCAAGCAGAGUCGUUGAGGAAAGAAAAUUUAUUGCAAGGAGUUUUCGAAGGUAAUUAUUAUAAUCUUUCUAGAACAUCAGUGAACCAACGACUCCAUAUAGAUAAGUUUGAGAAAAGUGCUCUUACACACCAACCGCUUUCCUCUACUCAAUCUGAUAUGCUCUUAGGCGCGUCGCAAGAUGUCGUGGGCGAUGUGUCUCUCCUCUCUAAUUUAGCGCAACGGUCGAGUAGUCAAGUCAGUCAUUCCCCAGGGCUCAACUCACUUUCCGGGCACCUUGAUCAUGUCGUUCCUGGCUACCAGCCAAGACAACCAUCUCCGUUGGAUCCCUUUUCUCGCCUAAAUUUUUCACAGGAACUUUCUUAUCAUAAUUCCGCCUCACUGCCACUUUCAGAGCCAUAUCAGAAGGGCAAUCCCAUGCCCUCUUUCCCGACUUCUUCAUCCGUAUCAUCGCUUUUACUCCCUUGUUUACAGCCCCAGGAGCUCCCUGUGCAAAGCACUCAAUACCUUAACUUUUCUCAAAAAUCUCACACUGGACCUCCUCAGCAUCCCUUAUCGUUGGAUAAAAAGACCCCUGCCCCUCCUGAACUGCUUCAUCAAACUUUCGACGAGUUAAGUAAAAGUUUACCAAUUGUUGAAGAUACAGGACACUCGAAAGAGGAAAGUCUAAAUCUUGUUGAGGUUGUUAAUUGCCGGAACCUUUCUGAAGGCACCUAUCCAGUCGCAGAUGCUGUCUCUUUAAAUAAACUCCCAUCUCGUACGCGACUGGGCCUUAGGAGCACUACUCACUCAACUGAAAAUGGUCAGCCAGCUUCAAAAAUACCUACUGACCAUGAAUGGACAAGCUCAGAUAAGAUGGGAUAUUCCGUGGGUCACUGGAGACCAAAAAGGCGUCGCGUAUCCAACAGAAUUAAAAGAAGUCUAAAUGACAGCUUAAAAUCUUCACAUACACCUAUUAAAGAUCGCCAGGAUUCACCAAAGAGCACAAGCUUUUGUGAUAUACCGGUUAAUAAUUAUAGUAAUCAAACUUUGUUAGACUAUAGCAAAAACGAAAUUAAUAGUAAUACUCCUAUACUCGAAUUUAAAAAUUUGGUUAAAUUAUCGAGCCUUAACAACGGUUACUAUAAUUGUAAUGAUUCUUCUUGCCCUUUGCCAGUGAAUGAAGAGAAUGCAGAAUUUUUAUUCAACGAUAAUAAAGCUUCCUACCGGCAAUCAAAACCUGGGUCUCAUUCUUAUAAUAAUAAGUUCGAAACUCAGGAUGCGUGCAAGUGGGAUAGGGAGAUUGGCACACCAUAUGAAAAUAAAAUAAAUAAUUUACCUGUUAUAGGAAGUGACGCUCCACUCGUUCAGUUUCCACAACCUGCCCCAGAUGGCCAGGCAACCUUAACGAACUGUACACCACUUAAUAUUCGACAGGUGCGGGAGAGUAGUUCUAAAAAACAGUCUACCUGCACUGAAAGGCAAUUUCAACCAUCGAUAAAAAUUCAAGAAAUUUCUUCAAAGGCUCAUCCUGGAAGUGUAUAUGAGGUAGGCUCUGAAAACCACCAGAGUGCUCCUCUAGAGCUAAAUACAGCAUCCUUUGACUUUUCCAGUGAGCCAGAAGAAAUUCGCGCUCACUAUGUUACCUUUAACCUUCAAGAUCAACCUGACUCCAAUCAAAACUUGGGUCUCCGCCUGAUUAGUUUCCCUAGAUCUACAGUUAAAGGUUUAGAUCCUUUCUGUUGGGAAAGAAUCGUUUUGAGUCUUAAGUCUGGUCUACUUUCUGAGAUCAACUGGGCCCUAGAUGUUUUACUUAUAAUUUCCCACAAGAUUCCGCUUUUUUUGAAGGAUAUGCCUAUGCACUGUUUGCUGGACUCCCUCUUGAACGUAAAGUACAAACAGUUACAGGCUUUAGGGUUUACUUGUAGCAGCCUUCAUCGAGUGGCGCCACUCCUGCCUGUCAACAGUUACGGAUAUAUACAAACUGGCUUAGAAAAGUCGACUUUUUGUGAGGAUAACUUCUGUGGUGAGUCAGCAGUCGGUGAGAAUUUGGAAGAAGCUUUUGGUAACGUUCGGGUUAAGGAGAAUCAAAUCAUGAUGAAAAUUCUCUGCGUUUCAACGUUACUCUUAAAUUUUUCUUUUGUUCCCGAUAACAGUCCCAUCUUGGCCAAGAAUGAGCGCGUUCUUGUGUCGAUCUAUGCCGACUUGUGUUCUAAGAAGUAUCUCUCUCGGGUGAACGCGCUUGUUACUCUUGCUAAUCUAGCCGGCCACAUAGAACUUUCCAUGCUUUCUUCAACUGUUCAAGCGUUACUCCUUCGCCAACUAUUUUUAGUAUUUUUAGCAUUCAAGACCAGCUGGACUGGCUGUUAUUGCCUUGAUGAAGACCUUUCAGAAGACGAAGAUAUAUUAUAUCUGUCGAGACUUUCUUUAGAAAUUUUAAUCAAACUUUUGGUGGUUGAGGGAAAUACCCCCAUCGUGCUCUCACUAGCUGGCGAGGACUAUUUAGGCGCUAUACUCGAUGUGCUAUGCUUUUUAAUAGGUCAGCAUCAAGGCAGCGAAGAGUGUGAACUUGCAAUGAUCUUACUUACCGACCUCUCCGCUGACCCCCCUCUUAAUGCUAGGAUCUUUAAUCGUAGACUCGUAAGCACUCUUUUAGGAUUUUUAGAAAGCUGCAGGCCUACUGGGGCUUCCGAGUAUGCAAAUGCUAGUAUUGAGUGUGAUAAGUUUAUUAAUCACAGGAACACCUAUACCGCAGAGAAUAAUAUUAAUGACAUCAAAAAUAGUCAUACUACUAAUCUUUAUAAUACUAUUCACAAUAAUUGUAAUGUACGCAGAAAUCAUAUUUUAAACAAUAAUAUUAACUGUAAAGAUGGUAAUAAUAUCGAAAUAAAUAGUUAUGAAGGGUCAAACAAUGGCCCUCAUAGUGUCAGCAGUAGCCAAAAUAUUUCAACUAAGAGGCCAAGGCGGCCGACUUUGACGGCUCAGUGGAGAGCUGCAAAAAUUUUACAAAAUCUAUCUCGGGAAAUCUCCACUCUUUCUAUUUUAAGAGUUUAUGAAUCCCAAAUACUUAAUAUGUGUCUCAAUACCGUAGAACUAAUCCCUUUCAUAGAUGCUGAAAGUAAGCAGUUAAGGAUUGAAAGUUCCGGUCGGGCUCAAAAUCAAGUUUAUAGUCAUAAAAUUCGCCUUCAAGAAACAUGUUUAAAUCCUGAAACUACUAAGCUUCUGUUAUCGGUUAUGUAUGAGUUAUCCUAAAC